AUGCUGGAGAUCAAUGGACUGGCACAUUUACUCUCCCUCACCAGGGACAAUCCCAUUGUUGUGGUCGCCUUCUACGCAGACUGGUGUGGGCCGUGCCAGGAGGUUAAACCGCACUACGCGGCGCUGAGCGAACGGUACAAAACCUUUGUGAAGUUCUGCAGGUGUAACAUUGACCGCAACCGCGACUGCGUUGAGAGGUUCGAUGUGCGCAGCGUCCCCAGGUUUAUGGUUUGGUUUGCUGGUGAGUGGCACACGGCGGGUUCUGGCGCCCAGUUUGGGGAGUUGCAAAGGCAUAUUGAUCAGGCAAUUGCGAUGCAACGUGCAUCAGCGGCAUCAGCGACAUCGCACGGUGGCGGCGCAUUGGGUAAUAUACAUCAGGUUUUGGCAAGCCAGAUGCAAGCCUUGGCACAGGCUAUUGACUCCGCGCAAGGCGUCACUCCGGCGAUGCGGGAGACAUGUGAAGCUGUUUGCGCCACACUUGAGCGAGACAGUGAGAGACAGCCGCUUGGUGUUGUCAUGCUGCCUUAUUUUGCAUCAAGUGGAUUUAAUUCGGCAGCAGUUGAUGCUCUUUUUGCGUACAUUUCCACAAAGCCUGAGCCGCGUGGCAGCGAUUGCGUGUAUAUUGUCAAUGGGAUUUUAAGCACCCUCACUGAGUUCCUGCUCUCUGCCACCUUGGAGAACACGGCAGGUUUGAAUACGUUGCGACAGGCGCUCUACGCUCUUGUCUCCUGCACCUCCACCCUGGAACUUUUCGUGCGUUCGCAUUUGUUUUGCAACGACGCGUUGUCCACAGGCUUGCAACUGGAAUAUGGCACGGUGUUAGGUGCGCUCUUGGGCGUCUCCGCCCAGAGUCGCAGCAACCGCCUUGUUCCUCCGCAUUUGAUGUCCGCGGAGUGGGUUCAUCUGAUGGGGAUGUUCCCGAGAGAGACUGACGAUCAUUCUAGCAAGAUAUCCGAAUUACAGUUUUGUAUGCAGGCAUCCUGUGCAGGUAACAAGCGCAUUAUUCUAGCGCUUCUGCGAUCGAAGAUCUCUCGUGAGCCAACGCUUCGCUUUUUUGGCACCGCACUACGGCUUAACGCCGGCUAUACCAAGACGGUGCAUCACAAUUUGCCUUUGUCCUCACGAUAUUUUAUGUCUCAGAUGAAUGAUGUGCUCUUGGAAGCCGCACUUCCGCUGUUUGGAACAGCCUACGAUCCGUGCACUAUUCCCCCUUACUACGUCCUGGAGGACAACGCGGACAACACGGUGGUGGAUUUCGGCGACGACGUGGAGCGCAUCGUUCACUACGAUGAGACCCACCCCCUCCCUGUAUUUCCUGCAAUGAGUGGUCCGUUCAAACCUUCGGUGCAUCUCUUCUUCCUUGUUGCGCGUUCGAUCAUGUUGAGCGCGGCGGUGAUGAUUGGGAUUCAUCAGCGGGUGGAGCGCGAUGUGACGCAUCCGCAGGUGUCACCGCAGCAACGCGCGGCGUACGUGGCGGAGAAGUCACUCAUUGAGGGGUUGCUUGGCUCCGAGACCCUCGGGCGAAAACGUGUGCAGGCCCUCAACGGCAUCGCCGCCUGGCUUGUGAAGAUCAUGAACCCCUCGUCCGACGGCGUGCUUUCAAAGGAGCCACCGGAGGAAUGGAAGUACCUGCCCCAGCAGCUGGUGGACGUGGUUAUUCUGGGCGUAGAGAUGGCACCACUGGAAUACUUUGACCUUGAGCACAUUAUUUCCUUGAUGCUGAUCCUGAUGGGUAACACAACGUAUUUCCCCAAGCCACACACCCACGCACUCUUUCCAACCUUUCUCACCCGGCUCUUGCAAAACAAGGAGACGAAACGGGCUCUGACUUCGCAUCCGUGGUUUACGCAGCAUAUUGUGCGUAGUUGUGUCCUGUGCUACAUUGCCGUGGAGAAAUCGACCUACGAAAAGGUCUCCGUACGGUAUAUGCUUUCCUACUGUAUAAAGUCCUUUCUCACGUUUGAAUCGUUAUGCCAGCCGGUUCGUGAGGAAUUCGAGGCCGAUGGCACCAUCCUGGAACGCUUCUCACACAUGGUGACGGCUGACGUGAAUGAGGCCGUUGAUCAACUCGUUGAAACCCUCACGCAGAUGAAUCAACUCGUGAAGCAGGGGGCGGAUUUGAGCGAGAAUGCCCGUGUGCCUCGCAGCACUAGCGGUGAGAAUGGUGACAGUGACAAUGCACUGACAGUGCAAGGCAGAAGAGAGGGAAACCGCACUCGUAAUAGCAGUACUCGAAACACAGUUGCAAAUGAGGAGGAUGAGGAGGAGGGCGGCGACAGUGAGAAUGGGGAUGAGGCGCCGCUGACGUACCAUCAACUGGGCUUGGGGCUGCAGCAAAGAAUACUACUUUUUGAAGCAAGCAUGAACUUAUUCAUUCAGCUGGCCAUCCGUUUCUCAAAGGGUGUGGCACAGAAUAUGGUGGCACAGCAGAUUAGUCAGAUGCUGGCUCGCAGUCUUGUUAGUUUUGCAGGUGCCGAAAGCAAAAACUUGAAGAUUGAGUACCCCGAACGCUACAACUUUCGUCCUCGCGAAAUUCUCACCCGGCUGGUAGAUUGUCUGGUGCAAUUUCGACGCUUCCAAAACUUUAUGCGGUCUCUUUGUAACUGCGGCGUCCCACUGAAAGAUAUUCUUCAGUCGAUUGACACGGUGACAGAGCGUGGCCUGGUGGGCGAGCACCUCAUCUGGAAGCUGAGGGAAAUUGCCGCGACGCUUGAGGCUAUAUCGCAGGAAGUCCACGAGGAUGAGGCGCUGUGGGAUGAGGCACCGGACUUUGCUAUGGAUGCGUUGCUCUUGACGCCGCUGUUCCGCCCAGUGGCGCUCCCAGCCGAUGUGAAGGACUUGAACGACCUGGUGUAUGUGAAUGAGGAUACAAUUCACCAUGUUCUCCUCUCUGAGAGCAAGCAUCCCUUUACGAAGGAAUACCUGGAUGAGAACAUGGUGAAGGAGUUUAACGCACGAGAGGAUGUCACAGAGGCGCGACAGAAGCUGCAGGCCCGCAUUGCAGCAUGGGUAAAAGAAGCGAAGGAGAAGCAAUAA